AUGAGUCAACCUGGUCCCAAAGGAAAUAAGGGAGAACCUGGAAGUGAGGGUCUAAAAGGAGAUCAGGGAAGCAAUGGUUUCCCGGGACCUGUUGGGUUAAAAGGUGCCAAAGGUGAAGAGGGACUACCUGGCCCAAGUGGAGAAAAAGGAGAUAAGGGUCUCAAAGGAGAUGCUGGGCCAAAAGGAAAUCCUGGAUUACCUGGGUAUGAUGGCAUAAAAGGCUCUAAAGGUGAUCGAGGCCCUAAAGGCUUACCAGGAGCUCUUGGGAGUGAUGAUGAUUUAAGAAUUAUUGAGCUGAAGGGUGAACCUGGAGAAGCAGGUCGCCGUGGACCCCCUGGACCUAAGGGUUCACCUGGAUUACCAGGUUUUGAUGGAUUAACAGGUCCACCAGGAGAACAAGGACUUCCUGGACCACGAGGACCACCUGGGCCACCAGGAAAAGAUGGGCAGCCAGGCAGACCAGGCAAAAGAGAUUUAAGAGAGGAACCCAGUCCAAGUGCCACUUCUGGUUACCGCAUAAUAAGGAGUAUAUAUCGACAUUCUAAUUACGGUUACUCGAUUGAUACACCAGGCCCCCUGGGGCCAGCAAGACGACAGGGCCCACCUGGUCCAGCAGGAUUACCUGGCUUUGGCAAAGAUGGUUCAAUGUGCUCUUGUCAGAAAGGAGAGAAAGGAGACCGUGGUGAACCGGGUAUUACUGGUCGUUUGGGUCCUCAAGGACCCCCAGGACCAAAAGGCUUAAAAGGUGACACUGGUGCUACAGGACCCACGGGACCAAGAGGUAGAAGAGGAAAACGAGGGGGAAAAGGUGAAAAAGGAGACCAGUGA